CAGGGUUUCCAACUGUGAUACCUGUCAGCUGUCACAAUUACAAAAUUAGAAUAAUUGAGUAACUCAAAAAAGGUAAUUUUUUACAUCUGAUUGCGUUCAUGUAAUUUAAACAUUUUCCGUCUUAAUUUUCAAUAUUUCAUACACUUAAAUCACGUAAAAACUUAAAUAUAAUUUGGGGUUACGCAACUGUCAAACUGACGUCUGUCACGGGUUAGAGGUUAUGUCACAGAAUAAAAAAUUAAAUAUUCACUCUCGUUUUUGUUUAAAUGAUAGAAYUAUCAGAAAAUAUUUCUGGGUCAAAUAGUCUUGGGGGCUGAUGCAAUGGUGGGUUUUAGUGAUUCUUCCCACAAACUCUCACAACUCGAUUUUGUAAUUGCUGGUGGAGGUUCAGGCUUUAUUACACGAAUGUUAUGUCAGCCUUUAGAUGUGUUAAAAAUUCGAUUUCAACUCCAAGUUGAACCGAUUUUAAAAAGUAACAUUUCAAAGUACCAGUCAGUGGUGCAUGCCACAAAUUUGAUUAUAAAGGAAGAAGGGGUGAAAGCACUCUGGAAAGGCCAUGUUCCUGCACAAUUACUAUCAAUAAGUUAUGGAGUUGCCCAGUUUUGGAGUUUUGAAGUAUUAACCAAGCAAGUUUCUACAUUUAAUUUAUCUCCAAGUUUUUCCCCUAUGAUUAAUUUCACAUGUGGGGCCCUUGCAGGUUGUUACGCCACUCUUGCGUCGUUUCCUUUCGAUGUAGUUAGGACCAGAUUAGUUGCUCAAAGUGAAAAUCAUAAAGUGUAUUCUGGCAUUUUACAAGCUUUUACAUCAAUAUUAAAAAACGAAGGUUUUUUUGUUUUGUAUAGAGGAAUUUGGCCAACUUUUAUACAAGUCGCCCCACAUGCAGGGGCACAAUUCAUGUGUUAUAAAUUAUUUGAUAGCAUUUAUAAAUAUCUAGUUAAUUCACAAAAUACAACGUUAACUAGUAGUUUAGUGUCGGGAAGUUUGGCAGGUUUAUUUGCAAAAACUGUGGUUUAUCCGUUCGAUUUAGCUAAAAAAAGAUUGCAAAUCCAGGGUUUCGAACAAGGGAGGGUCGAAUUUGGACAGUUUUUCAAGUGUAGAGGACUUAAUGAUUGUCUUAUUAGAAUUUACAAAGUUGAGGGCCUUUCUGGUUUGUUUAAAGGUCUCAGUCCCAGUCUCAUUAAGGCCGUUGUAACGACGGCUUUACAUUUUAGUAGUUAUGAAUUAAUUUGUAAAUCUUUGGCAAGGAGGAAAGAAUAAUAUACAAUGCUGUAGUGUGGUGUUUUGAGGCGAAAUAGGUGCAAAGUAUGUUAAAAACGUUAACAGUGAAUAAAAAUUUUAUUUACACUAAGAUUUAAGCGAAAAAAGUUAAUUUUUAUGUCACAUGUCGUAAUUUUUACCAUUGCAUACAUUUUUGAAGAUUAAUUGAAAAGUCUUGUUUAACAAAUGGAAAUUUAAAACAAAUUUUGAAGUAUCUUUUAUCUUUAUUGUUUUUUUUUGUAUUAUGUUGUAAUAUUUUUUUAAUUAUUGUUUUAGAAUAACAAAAAAUUAGCUUUUUAUCAUACCUGCUUUAUCAAUGAAUCCUGUGAUCGUUGUUUUGUGUUCACUCAUCACUAGUUACUCGUAUAAUUUAUUUUAUAGUGUGAUAUUAUUGUCUAGUACUUAAAUGAAUCUGUACCAAAAAAUUGAAGACUUGAGAAAAAUAUAGUAAAGUAUUUUCAAAGAUAAUUUAAUGUAUUAUUAAAAACUUACAACAACACAUUGGUGACGCUAUCUAACAUUUAUACAAAUUUACAAUAAAUACUGUUUAAAUUGUGGUUAA